AUGACGAAUGGUUCUGUCGAUAGGAAAGGAAACCUUACGAAGCUCACAGGAAGAGCUCUGUUUGAAAGUAUUGGCUCUCCUACCAAGAUUGUAGCGCCCAUGGUUGAUCAAUCAGAACUCGCAUGGAGAAUUCUCUCGAGGAGAUACGGUGCCACAUUAGCAUAUACACCGAUGUUUCAUGCCAAAUUGUUCGCAACAUCAGAAAAAUACCGUAAAGAUAUGUGGUGUAGUAUAGAUGGUGAUAAAAAGGUAGACAGACCACUUGUUGUCCAAUUUUGCGCCAAUGACCCAGAAUAUCUCCUUGCUGCUGCUAAGCUUGUUGAAGAUAAAUGUGACGCUGUUGAUUUAAACUUGGGAUGCCCUCAAGGUAUUGCCAGAAAAGGUAGGUACGGUUCAUUUUUGAUGGAAGAUUGGGAUUUGAUUUUUAAGUUGAUAAGGACUUUGCAUGACAAUCUCAAUGUUCCUGUUACAGCCAAAAUUCGGGUCUUUCCAGAUCGCGAGAAAACUUUGAAAUAUGCAAAGAUGGUUUUGGAUGCAGGCGCACAGUUUUUGACGGUUCACGGAAGACUGCGAGAACAGAAGGGUCAAAAAACAGGACUAGCUGACUGGGAUAUCAUUAGAUAUUUGAGGGAAAACUUGCCAAAAGAAACAGUUUUUUUUGCCAACGGUAAUAUUUUGUAUCCAGAAGACAUUUCAAGAUGUAUGAACUACAUUCACUGCGAUGGUAUCAUGAGCGCUGAGGGAAACUUGUACAAUCCAGGGGUAUUUUGCGCGGAUUUUGACUCUAAUAUUGAAAUGUCUUAUCCUAGAGUGGAUAAAUUGUUGAGGGAAUACUUUGAUAUAGUGAAAAGCUGUGAAGGUUCGCAAGCCUCUAAGAUUGCCAUGAAGUCCCAUUUUUUCAAAAUUUUGAGGCCAUUUUUGCCUGUUCAUACCGAUGUGAGAGCCAGCCUUGCAUCCAUGACAGCAAAGACACCUUUUGAAGAAUGGGACGAUAAAGUAGUCAGGCCUGUGGAAAAAAUCGUCCAAGACAUUUUCAAACAACCCGAUAUUGAAGAGAAAGAUAAAGUAAUUACUGGUGAGAUAGAACUAUGGGGUGGUGCUUACAAAACUAUUCCAUACUGGAGGUGUCAGCCGUACUUUAGGCCUGUAAAUGGUGUCACAGGUGAUAAGAGAAUCGUAGAGACACUGAAGAGUAAGAAAUGUGAAAGUGAAUCAUCUAAUAUUGACGAAGAGGAACUUAAGAAACGCAAGGCCGAAGAAGUAUUAGAGUCAAAGAACCAGAAGAAGGAGUUGAAGGUGUAA